GUAGAUUUGCUAUAUUGCUACACGACAUUACCGUCGCUACUUGCCAGCGGAACUUUAGCAGAAGCUUGGACUGAACUGUCGUCGCAGCUUUGCCGCAUUCUAUAGUCGAGCUCAUCUUGUCAUUUAUAUUAUACACGACUAAUAAUGUAUGCAGCUAACAAGAAGCGAAAACUGGAGACGCCGGCGGGCAAGGCAAUUUCUAGAACCCCAGCGGCGGCCCCCCGGUCUGCGCCGGCGCUGGACGCUCGCUUCGCGAUAGACAGCGAUUUUUCGGAUGACGAUGACGGUGCUGCAGCUGGCCCUGGCCCGAGCUCGGCAGCCGCUGCCAGGGCCGCAAUAGCCAAGCGGCCCGCGUCGGCGGCGAAGGUCCCAACCGCACCCAAGUCGGCCGGCAAACCUGCUAAGCCGCAGCACCAGCAGCAGCAGGCGGCAGCGAAGCCCUCGGCUCAGAACGAGGACGCGGAGGCAGGAAAUGGCGAUGCAGGCGCGGGGGAGGGGUCCGUUGGCAACGGUGCGGCGCCCACCGCCGCGUCGCGCCGCAAGGCGGCCGCGACAGCGGCAGUGGCGCCUAGCAGCGAGGAUACGGAUGCGGACGAUGACGAUAAGGGGCCAGGCGCUGGGUUAGGCUUCAGCAGCGGCGACGGCGACGGCGACGGCGAGGAGACAGGCGACGGGGAGGGCGGCGUGAGCGGGGAGGGUGACGGCGAGCCGUUGUCGGGGUCUGGCGACGGCGAGGGCGAGCGCAACGGCAAGAAGGUGAAGAAGGUGCUGUCGAAGCGGAAGCUGCAGGCAGUCAAUGAAGCCAGCGACAGGCGCGGCAUUGUGUACAUCAGCCGCAUCCCGCCGCACAUGAAGCCGCACAAGUUGCGACAGCUGCUGCAGCCGCACGGCGCGCUGGGCCGCGUCUACUGCGCGCCGGAGGACCCGGCGGCGCGGCGGCUGCGUAAGCAGAAGGGCGGCAAUUCGGGCAAGAACUUCACGGAGGGCUGGGUGGAGUUUGAGGACAAGCGGCGCGCCAAGCGGGCGGCCCUGGCCCUGAACGGGCAGGCCAUGGGCGGCUCCAAGCGCUCCGCCUACUACUACGACCUGUGGAACAUCAAGUACCUGCCCAAGUUCAAGUGGGACACGCUCACGGAGGAGAUCAACUACCAGCGGGCGGUGCGCGAGCAGCGGCUGGUGGCGGAGAUCAGCGCGGCCAAGCGCGAGCGCGACUUCUACCUCAGCAGGGUUGACAAAGCCAAGGCCAUUGACGCAAUCAAGGAGCGCCGGGCGAAGAAGGAGGCCGCCGCAGCCGCUGGGGUCGGUGAGGCGGCGGGAGCAGGCGCGGCCAAGCCGGCGGCGGAGGCUGGCGCCGGAGGGGCAGCGGCGGAGGCGGGCGCCGGCGCGGGGGCUAGCGGCGGGGCGCGCGGGCCGCGCUUUGAGCGGCACUUCGGCCAGCGCCGGGUCAAGGCGGACCCGGUGAACGACGACAGGGCCCCGGUGCUGGCGUCGGACGUGCUGACCUUGUUUGGGAAGAAGCGGUGAUUGCCAGGGUAGGCAGGGCGAAUGGUGCGGGUGAGUGGUAGGUGGCGGGUGGUACUGCGGGGGUGUGGGUAGAGAUUGGAGUAGACACAGGGGCCGCGUGAGCACCGCUGGAAGCUAGGGGAGAUAGGCCGAGAAGGAGGGUUUUGCGGACAGACAGAGAGUUAUGCGUGUUAUCUUAUGUUGGUGCCCUUGGCGCACGAGUGGAGCGGAUUCGGACGUUGCGGCAGGUUGCGGUAGGGACAGAGCGGACGCCAUGGCCAGCUCGGCAGCUCACCAGCUGAGCAUCGGACCCUAGGGUAGUGCACGUAUGCACCAAAUCCUUUGGAUGUAUCCAGAGCGGUGCGGAAAUGUCGGACGCAAGACC